AAUUACCACGUUGGGGCAUCUCCGCGCCCUGGCAGCUCCUCCUAACUCCCGGAACCCGGGAAAACUUGUAAACUAAUCAGAAAAAGUGGUAGGCGGGACAUCGGGGGGAGCCUGCUAGCGCCCCGCCCAAUGGAACAGAGAGCUGGCCAAUCAGGAACGGUACGGGGGAGGGGCGGGCUCGCAGGCGCGAAGUUCGGACCCGGGAAUUCCGAAGGCGGGGUCGGAGCUGCCCGCGCGCGUAGGUCGCUCCGCUCCUGGCCCGGCUCCCUCUCUGUCAAACCGCAGCGGGAGCGCCAGCCCAGAGCCCGAGGGGUCCCGGAACGCCGCACAGACUGGCACUGCCUGGAGAGGAGACCACUCCGAGACUACACCGCGCGGUAGAUCCGAAACUGGGCUGGGGCGAGAAGGGAAAAGGCUGGGUUUGUCUUGCAAGAUCUCGGGGAGCUCUUUCCUCUAUUUUUAUCUCACCCGAAAAAGCCGGGCAGCAGGGGUUUAGAUCCACUUUGUUGGAGAACGUAGGGACUCGUUUUCACUGCCUUUUGGGAGGAGGUGACGGUGGAGUCACUUCCCACUGGGGUUCAAACUAGUUAUGAGCGAGGGGUUGGCCAAUAGAGAGAGGCGCGGGCGAGCUGGAAGGCUAGCUUACUCUUAUUUGGAUAAGCAAGUCUGACAGGAAGAAGCUUCUUUUCUCCAAGUUAUAUUGAAGUGACAAGUUAGUAUUGCACAGAAGUGGGACGCCCAACACACACCUACAGUUCCCAGAAGCUGCCUAAUGUAUGUUACCUUGCACAGAUUGAAGGCUUUUCGAAUAUUUUGCAGACCGAGGAUCGGUUCAUUUAAAGUGCCAUAGGACGUGUUCGUUUUUGCUCUGCACCGGGACCUUCCCAGAAUUUUUCAGUACAAAGCAACUUGACAGCCAGUUUUGCAUCACGUGCCUAGGAUCCUUGGACUGAAGUUGCACUGCUCAGGGAGUGUGCUCAAAGUUGAAACUGCACAAAGCACAGCCCAAGUUUGCAUCAGAUGGAAAGUGACCUUGGGCCUCCGUGCAUGGCUCUGGAGUGGGGAAAGUGAUGGAUUCCUGAAGUGGAAGAGGUGGGGCAGAGGGGGCACCGCCCAUGCUGCCCUGCUUUCAGCUGCUGCGUAUUGGAGGUGGCAGGGGCGGUGAUCUCUACACCUUCCACCCCCCAAGUGGCACUGGAUGCACCUAUCGUUUGGGCCACAGGGCUGACCUGUGUGAUGUGGCCCUGAGGCCCCAACAGGAGCCUGGUCUGAUCUCUGGAGUCCACGCAGAGCUGCACGCUGAACGCCAGGGUGAUGACUGGAGGGUCAGCCUGGAGGACUGCAGCAGCCAAGGGACCUUGGUCAAUAAUGUCAGACUCCCAAGGGGUCACAGGCUGGAGUUGAGUGAUGGCGACCUUCUGACCUUUGGCCCUGAAGGGCCCCCAGGAAGCAGCCCCUCGGAGUUCUACUUCAUGUUUCAGCAAGUCCAUGUCAAACCUCAAGAUUUUGCUGCCAUUACUGUCCCACGGUCUAGAGAAGAAAGAACCGGAGCUGGUUUCUGGCCCAUGCUGCCCCCACAGGGGGCUCCACAGCGCCCCCUCAGCACCCUGGCCCCCACACCAAGAGCCACGCUGAUCCUCAACUCCAUUGGCAGCCUUAGCAAGCUCCAGCCCCAGCCCUUUACCUUCUCCCGGAGUGGGGGUCGACCACAGAGCCAGCCUGCUCCCACUCCCCCUGGGGACGUGGGGACCACCCCUUCUGCUCCACCCCCAAGAAAUCGGAGGAAAUCGGCUCACCGAGUAUUGGCAGAAUUGGAUGAUGAGAGAGAGGCUCCUGAGAGCCCCCAACCAGUCUUUGGAGAGCCCAGGAAAAAACUCCGAGUAGAGAAAACCCCACUGACACCUAGUGGAAAUCCUCGUGGGCGUCCUCUGAAGCACCCAGUGAGCACCAUGACUCCCCCUGCCAUUGGGGGCGGGGAGCCCUGUGCAGCCCCUUGUUGCUUCCUGCCCCAAGAAGAGACAGUGGCUUGGGUUCAGUGUGAUGGUUGUGACGGCUGGUUCCAUGUGGCCUGUGUUGGCUGCAGUAUCCAGGCUGCUAGGGAAGCUGACUUCCGGUGCCCAGGGUGUCAUGUGACCAUCCAGACCUAAGGCCCACCACCAAGGAGCCAGAGAGCUAGCACCUCCAGGCCAUGGGUAGACACAAAGGAAUACCAGUGAGUUCUAAGAACUGCCCCUUCUCUUGCCUGCCCAAGAGGGAAUGACCACAGGGCUGGGGUCCAUUGCUAUGGAUUCAAGGUCUAGAACAGGCCCUCAUGGCCAAAGUGAGAGAAGAGAUGGUUUCCUGCCAAAGAUAAUACUGCCUACAGGAAGUUGCCAGUGAGCUGGAAAUUCCCAGUUACAAGUCAUAGGUCCUUGCUGCCAUGGACACUAGAAUGUCUGUGAUCAGAGCACUCGUCAAUUGCAGAGACCAUGCCUGGGAAGAUGUAAGCUCCAGACCCUAACAAGUGAGUUCUCAACAUUCUUGGAUGGAAUCACCUGAGGCAUUCUGGGGGAAACCUAGAGCACCGUCCCCAAACUUCCUUACAUUGUGGGGAGUCCUAUUGCUGAUCCUGUUUGUAGCCUGGCUUUCCAGAGGUUUGCUUUCAUU